AUGACAUCGAAGAAAAAAGUGAGUUUUGACAAGUGAGACAAGAGUGAAACUUAAAGAUAACAGGUAACAAAUGCGAAUAAGUUCUACGAGGACUGGAUGGACUACAAGAACCAUGAGCGACGAGCCUCAACAGCAACAACCGAAACGAUUCAAAGCGUCAAAAACGGGAAAUAUCAGCUUUACGACGAGUAUAAAGCGCGAUUUUCGAAAACGCCGGCAAGUUUUGGGAUAGGAUUAAAAUUAUUAUGAUUGUUGUUCUGCAGUCAAGCACACCCACGCCUCCGCCACAACCUGUCGUUUCGACGGCGGCCAAGAUGAAAAGACAAUGUGAGCUAACUGAAGGGAACUGAUGACAUCGGAAGGGCUAUUGUGAAACUCAUAAAAAUUUCCGCUUUUUAUAACCACUCGACUGCACUUCACUGAUUUUUUGCAGCUCUUCCAAUAAUUCAACCCAUCCGUGAACGGAAGAACUUAAAGACUGAGGCAGUCCGAUCGAUUGACUGGAAUAACUUGGAUGAUGAGGUGAGCUGACUCUCUCAUUUUUAUCUGAAUAUGUAUUGAUCAUAUUUUUUUGAAGAUGAAAGCCAAAAUCGAAGCAGAGUUUGGACCGUUCUACAAAUGGGUCAAAAACGGCCGUACCGACGAUCUGAAGAAAGAAAUUAUUAAGAAAUUAUUAUUCGAGAGUACGAAAUAA